CACGUUCUCCAAGAUGCCGCUUCGAACGGGCAUAGAAACCCCGAAUGACGUAAGAUGCGGAUGAACACACCGAGGUUGGUUCAAGGAUGACUUCUGCACUGUUUUAGGAUUGACAUGGACGUUAGCGGUGUGUGAUUGAGGCUUUGGCGGUUAGACAACCUACCCUAGGUCAUGUUGCGAGCCUUGCCCAUUGGUGUCACCCCCCUUUGUAGUGUAGGGCUGAUCAGUGACGACGGUUUAACAACGUUGGAGCGAUUGCCAAUUGGCUCAUGGCACAUGAGCACAGCGACAUACCAUCCUACGCGACGACUGCUGCCUUGGACAUUUCAGCACAAGAUGUGCAUCGGCCGCGUGAUUUAAGCCAGCCCAGCCGGCGAGAUUCGAGCAGACUCAGCAGAGGCGGAGUCAUAUGAGGUAUAUCCUCGUAAGCCAUAAGACAUUGGCAAACGUACCUAAUGAUGGCAGAACGGCGGCCGAGGCAUAAACUUGAGCUUGGAAAUUCGGCCCUCAAAUUCCCCGAGCCUUCUUGGGCUUCUCCCAAGCCUUUAUCGAUCCGGGCUAAGGGCGGGGGUAAAGGAAACCGGAGGCCCGUGUUCAAUGCCGUUGGAACGGUUCGUGCAAAGCAUCAACGCUCACCGAGCCAUGGUUAACUCCUGCCGUGUUCGAGCCAACGGCGCCAACAAGUGCCGGCAAGGCAACCAAAUGGCGCAGAAUAUUGCCCGGUAUGAUACUGUGACGGUAUCUCCGAC